GCAGAGCUGAGCUGAGCUGCUGCUGCGCGCAGAGACGCACGGCGCCUCCAUCCAACCAAGCGCCAGUCCCACCAAACCCAACCCGGCGCGAGAGAGGAGAGAGAGAGAGAGAGAGAGGAGAGGGGGGGGAUACAACUACACGUUUAACACGUUAAAGUGAACGCAAGUGGACGCUUCUCCUCCUCGUGGAACUAUAACAGCAGUCAUCUCAUGGCCGAUGCGUUCCGCCAAGUUCUCGGCAUUUUGGAGAGAGGAGUUCGUCAGGAGCGAGAGAAUCCAAGUGCGGGACCGAGUGGAUUAAAACCCGCGGGGUGAACUUUGGUUCCAGCAGCAGCGGUCCACUGUCCGGGGAGCAGCUCUGAACAUUAUUUUUCUGUAUCACUGCGGAGUUCAGGAAAAACUCCCCCCCCCCCGGCCGGAUCCGAACCCACCGCCGCCCGCACAGCGUUUAGAAGUUGAGAUUUAGAUGAAACAGACAACCAGCGCGCAUUCUCACUGGAUUUACACCGUUUCCAGCUGCGCGUGAAGGAUGCCUGUCCGUCUGUGGGCAGUUUACUGUCUACUGGCACUGCUGCAGAUUUGUUCAGGUUCUCGUCUUCGCCAGGAAGACUUCCCUCCUCGCAUCGUGGAGCACCCCUCUGACCUCAUUGUAUCCAAAGGGGAACCCGCCACCCUCAACUGUAAGGCCGAGGGCCGGCCAACCCCCACGGUGGAAUGGUACAAAGAUGGGGAGCGCGUCGAGACGGACCGUGACAACCCCCGAUCGCACCGCAUGCUGCUGCCCAGCGGGUCGCUCUUCUUCCUACGCAUUGUCCACGGACGGCGGAGCAAGCCCGACGACGGCAGCUACGUGUGCGUGGCCCGAAACUAUCUGGGCCAGGCGAUCAGCCACAAUGCGUCACUGGAAGUAGCCAUUUUACGUGACGACUUCCGACAGAACCCUGUGGAUGUUAUGGUUGCGGUGGGGGAGCCCGCAGUGCUGGAGUGCCAACCGCCCCGUGGGCACCCUGAACCCACCAUCUCCUGGAGAAAGGACGGGGCCAAUUUAGGCGACAGAGACGAACGCAUCACAAUCCGCAGUGGCAAGCUGAUGAUCACCAACACCAGGAAGAGCGAUGCGGGGAAAUACAUCUGCGUAGGAACCAACAUGGUGGGGGAGAGGGAGAGCGAGAUCGCCGAGCUCACCGUGCUGGAGCGCCCAACCUUUGUAAAGCGGCCCAGCAGUGUGGUGGUGUUGGCAGACGAGAGCGUAGAGUUCCCUUGCGUGGCUCAAGGAGACCCCGUUCCCACUAUCCGCUGGAGGAAGGAUGAUUCUGAGCUGCCUAAGGGCAGAUUUGAAAUCCUAGAGGACCACACCUUGAUCGUUCGCCAAGUGACAUCCUUGGAUGAGGGCUCGUACACGUGCGUGGUGGAGAACAUGGUUGGGAAGUCGGAGACGUCCGCCACGCUCACUGUACACGUCAACACCGUGCCCCCAGCAUUUGCCAUACGCCCCAGGAACCAGGUGGUGACGGUGGGCAGGACGGUCACCUUCCAGUGCGAGGCCACCGGCAACCCGCAGCCAGCCAUCUUCUGGCAGAGGGAAGGCAGCGAGAGUCUCCUGUUCUCCUACCAGCCGCCGCAGCCCUACAGCCGCCUGUCUGUCUCCCAGAUGGGCAGUUUGACCAUUACUGAUGUUCAGCACUCGGAUGGCGGCUUCUACAGCUGCCAGGCUCUCAACAUCGCUGGCAGUGUUAUUACCAAAGCACUGCUGGAGGUCACAGACUCUGGGUCAGACCACCCUCCUCCUGUGAUAAGGCAGGGACCCAUCAACCAGACCGUUCCUAUGGACAGCUCGGUCGUCCUCGGGUGCAAGACCGCUGGUCCUCCGUCUCCCACAGUCCACUGGAAGAAGGAUGGUAAGCUGCUGUCUCCAUUGGACUCCCGCAUGUCCGCAACAGACACAGGAUCACUGGAGAUUCGCUCUGCUAAGCUGGGAGACACAGGCUUCUACACUUGUGUGGCUUCUAGUCCAAAUGGAGAGGCUUCCUGGACAGCAUACCUGCAAGUGGAAGAGUUUGGAGUCCAGUCCACUCAUCAAACAGACCCUGACCUGAUCCCCAGCACGCCGUCCAAACCUGAGGUGACCGACAUCAGCCGCACAUCCGUCACCCUGUUGUGGAAAACCAUCCCCGGUGCCGGUGCAGCACCUACAUCUCAUCUAAUCGAGGCAUUCAGUGAUACGUUAGGCAGCCGAUGGGUGACCCUGGCCGAGCAUGUGAAGACACAGAGCUUUGUUCUGAGGAACCUGAAGCCUGGAGCUGUCUACCUCUUCAUGGUCAGAGCGGUGAAUGCUUACGGCCUCAGUGACCCCAGUCCGAUCUCAGACGCUGUCAGAACACAGGACAGCGCUUCCACCAUGCAGGGGGUGGAUCAUCGUCACAUCCAGAGGGAGCUGGGAGAUGUAGUCAUCCACAUGCACACGCCCACCGUCCUGUCAUCUUCUGCUGUCCGGCUGCAGUGGAUGGUCGAGCAGCAGUCCCCGUACACCCAGGGCUACAAGGUGCUGUACCGGGCGUCUGCCGAGCACGGUCAGCCUGAGGGGCAGUGGAGCUUCCAGGAGGUGCGCGCCCCUCGGGAGGACGGUGUGGUGAUCAGUCAGCUGAAGCGAGGAUCCAUCUAUGAGUUCAAAGUGCGUCCCUUUUUUGACGAGUUCCAGGGAGCUGACAGUGAGGUCAAGGUGGUUAGGACAUUGGAAGAAGCUCCUGGUAGAGCCCCCCAGGGUGUCACAGUGACAAAGAGUGGCACAGAUGGAACUUCCAUCCUCAUCACUUGGAAGCCGCCUCCACACCCAGAGGAGGCAGGAGUCAUUCAGGAGUACAAGAUCUGGUGCCUGGGUAAUGAGAGUCGCUACCAUGUGAACCAGUCGGUCGACGGCUCCACCUUCUCCGUGCUCAUUUCCAGUCUGUCACCGGGAAUUCGCUACAGUGUGGAGGUCGCAGCCAGCAACAGUGCAGGGCCUGGGGUCAAAAGUGACGUCACUUUCUUUCAAUUAGACUCUGCGGGCCAGAUGAUGGACAUCAGCGUGGAAAGAGACACAUUUUCUCACAUCUCAGAUGUCGUGAGGCAGCCGGCGUUUAUUGGUGGCAUUGGCGCCACCUGCUGGUUGAUCCUCAUGAUCUUCAGCGUCUGGCUCUACCGGCACAGAAAGAAGAGAAGUGGCCUGAGCAGCACGUACACCGGCAUCCGCAAGGUCCCAUCAUUCACCUUUACACCUGCAGUUGCGUAUCAAAGAGGGGAAUCUGUGUGCAGUGCUGGCAGACCUGGCCUCCUCAGCAUGGGGGAGCCUCUCAACCAGCUGUGGCUGCCAGACAAUUGGCCGAACGCAUGUGCCAAUCACAAGGACUGCAGCAUCAACUGCUGCAAUAAUGGCAACGGCACCAGUGACAGCAACAUGACAACAUACAGCCGACCAGCUGACUGCAUCGCCAACUACGGAAACCAUCCAGACAACAAACAGCUUGCUUCUGACACAGCCAUUUACUGUGACGUGGACCUCUCCAACAAGCUCAAUGAGAUUAAAACCUUCAACAACUCGAGCUUGAGUUACACGAGUCCCGGAGAGGAUUCGUCCGCCACAUAUGAGCCCAUCCCGUACGCCACCACGCAGCUUAUUCAAGCCAGCAUCAAGAACAAAGCCUCGUCUGGUGGCGCUAUAGCAGAGCCUCUGGACAUGGCCUGCUGGAAACAGCCCCCCAACCCGCCUCCGAUACCGAAGGAGAUGGUGGCACACAUGCAGUACCACGUAAUUGAGCAAAACUUGCUGAAUAAAGAACACCUGCAAGGAAAUGAAGGAAUGAUCCAUCCCAAAAGCAUCGCCUACAGCCAGAGCCGUGAUCACAGCACAGGAGGCUCGCACCACAGCUCAGACAGAGGCAGCAACAGCACCUCAGGGAGUCAGAAUCAAAAGAAAGGGACGCGGGCACCAAAGAUCCCAAAACAUAAUGUGGUGAGCUGGGGAGAAGCCCUUUCUCCUCCUCCUCUUCCUCAUGUUAAUGCCUGGGACUGUGACGAGUACAGCCUACCCAUGGAGAGGAGUUUUGACACAGAGGGAAGAAUAGAAAGCUGCCCUACUCCACCAGUUAGAGGGGCGGUGUCUUCUCCUGCUGAAGUGUCCUAUAGUCACCCACCUUCCGCAUCACUGCAGGGAGACCUGAGCACUGACCUGCACAACGGAAACAAACACCUGAGCCAACACACCAGCAGCCACCCUUGCCAUCUCUCCCCAACGCACACCUACAGCUCCAUACCCCCCUGCUUGGAAGCCGACGAACAGGAAGAGGAAGAGGAAGAGGAGGAGGCAGAGGAGGAGGCGGACGCGGAGCUCGCUGACAGUCGCCACAACGGGCAGAGGCACAAGCACCAGCUGCACCACCCCUCUCCACACAAGCUGCUCUUCCACGGGCUGGACCAGACCCCAGCCUCCAGCACCGGGGAUCUGGACAAAUCCGUCACGGGGUCCAUGGUGAACAGCUGGGGCUCAGCGUCUGAGGACAACAUCUCAUCGGGCAGGUCCAGUGUUGUCAGCACUUCAGAAGGAUCCUUCUUCACAGACGGUGACUUCAACCAGGCUGCAGCCUCUUCACGGGAUAUCGUAGGCCUGCGCAUGUGUAGAUACCCAGAUGAGUCAGGCCGGCGGCCCCAGCGUCCCAGCAGCCCCAUGUCCACAGACAGCAACAUGAGUCCCGCAAUAACACAUAAAAGGCCCAGGAGGCAUAAACAGAACCAGUGUGGUCAGCAGGGCUACCAACCCAAAGACGUCUUCAACGAUGACUCCUGCAUGCCUCUGAGUUUCUCCAGCCAGAUGUCCCAUGGCGAAUAUAAAGUGAGGGGGGCCACGCUGCCCCGGAUGGGCUCUGGGGAUGCCGGGGGUCGACGAGGCAGCACGGGGACUCACAGGGUGAGGGAGGGUACGGCUGAGCCGAGAGAUAACCAGGACAAGCACAAGACUCCGCUGGGAGGAAAAGGAAGUAGCAGAAGCCGACAGCACUCAGAAUUCGGGGACGUCCUUCUAUACAGUCGCCCCUCUUUCCCAUCAGGCCCAGCUCUGAGGGAGCCCGAGGAUCCCAAUUCAUCCACCUUCAUGUCGUGUGGAGACUCAAGGACCAAACAGGGAGGACAGGUGGGAGAGGAUCAAGAGUUCCUGCAAAGCUAAGAAGCGACGCGAGCACAGAAGAACUAUCCUCCAGCUGCUUCAUACGAAGGACUCUGCACAACACAUGCUAUCAUUUUCUAAUUAAAAUUUCUCAUUAGAUGUUGGAAAAAAAGAAGAAAAAAAAAAAAAGGUGCCCUUAUGUUUAAGUCUGUUUGGACUUCACUCUGAUGCACUGUUUGUUGUUUUUCUGCUCUUUUUGGGCGACCGGCUUCCGGGAGCUGGGAGCACUGGCUGCUCAGCAAAAGUAAAGAUGAAUGCACAUUCGAUGGCUGUCGUUCGUGUCUUAUUUUACUGUAGUCGAUAUUCAGUCAUUACCAGCCAUCUUGUAAAUUGUUGGAAUUGUUUACUGCCACAGAAGUGCUUCAAAAUUCAGAUUUUAUAGAGCGGUGUCAGUGUUUUCUAAGUGAUGUACAUCUCGUCUUUGUAUUCUUUGUUUCUACUUUGGUUAUAAAAGCACAAUCUCUUGAUUUUUAUUGUAAGUCAUUAUUAUAAACAAAUUUAUGUUGGGAGGAAAUCGGUCUUCGGAGUCUGUGUUAGUCUUUUCAUCGGGUCAGUUUCGGGCCCGGGAAGUUGUCGAUUGUGGCUGUGCAUACGGUUGUGUUCAUUUGAGCUGCGUUCAUUCAGAUUUGAACUGUCUGUUGUUUGUACUGAGAGAUUUGCAUGCAGAUUCACCUGUAGGUGGUUUUUACUCAACACCUCGGCUUCUUUGUUCCACCCUCUCCGGGAUGUUGCAAAAGUUCUGUUCAUGGACUGGUUCCAUUUUUUCAUUUUGUCUCCACCGAUCAUCUAAACCUGUGUUCCCACCUCUGGCUAUAACUUCUGGAACAGGGCUGGACAAUCCACCGUAUUUAUUGAAUUACUCCGCAUGAAUACUUUACAAGCUUUAAAUUCACUAAAGGCAGUUUUCAGUAAUAAAAUUGCCUGGAUCCCAUUAGAUAUAAGUGAGAACAGCCACAGCAGCAUUUCAGCUGUUCUGUCUUCAGUCCGGUCCAGAGGUGUAAAACCUUGAGCUGGACACAUCGGACUUAAGCCAAUACUAGAACGUGUAUAUUAAUCAGGCACUUAUUUAAAUAUAUACAUAGAUAUAUCUCUAUAUUAUUGUCUAUUUAUCUUUGGAGAGUUAAAUGUACAUUGUGAUGUAGAUGUUGGUAAUAUUGUCCAGCCCUGUUCUCCAAGUUAUACAGUAUAUGGAACAAUUAUGUCACUUUAACUUCUCUGUUUAAAUAAAUAUUGCUGUUCCUUAAUUAAAAAGAAAUACCGGUUCAUCUCUCUUCUGUAUCCUAUAACCUGUAUGUCCUCUUUACAUCGAACAAACACAUGACUAGGAACCACAUGACAAAGAACUAGACACAGUGAAAACCACUACAGACCACGACUUACCAUGAAAACUGAAAAUGACUCUUUUCCUUAUUUCAAUGAAUGUAUGAUGAAAAGUUAUAAGUAUGAAACACUGAGUCAUUUAAAACCCAUCUUUAGUGUAAGAUCUUUACUACCUUUACUCCAUUGUGUAAAAAAUGUUUAAGUUUAUACUACAAGAAUUGUGAUUCAUUAGAUUAAAAAACAUCUUAAUAGAAGUGACAUCAAGAGGAUUCUUGUAAGUAAACUACAGUGGUUUUGAGCACAAAGAGCAAAUGGAAUUCAAAACUUAACAUUCUUGUGAAUGUUAUGGAUCUAAAUUGAAAAAGUUGUAAAUUUUGCUCCAUUAUUUAUAAUUAAAAACACCUACCAAGAAA